AAAAAGCUUGAAAAGCGUAAAAAAGCAGCCUGGAAAGACUGGGUUGAUCAGGGCAAGCCUAGGUCACUUGGCAAUAUAUAUUGGGAUAAAUACAAAGGGGAAAAAAAGUCUUUUAGGCGUGAAUUCAGGAAGGCGCAACAGGAAUUUGAAAAUAAAUGCCAACUUGAAAUUGAUAAAAUGGAAGAGAUAUCUCUUGAUCAGUUCUGGUGCUUUGUUAAGAAUAAAAAAACUAGAACAAGCAACCCCCCUGUUAUAAAAUCAGAUGAUGGGAAUGUACUAAUGGAUGAGCUUGAAGUCACAAAUGAAUGGAGGUCCUAUUUUGAAUGCCUUAUGUCAGAUCAUGGAACCGACAGUGAUAUGUAUGAUAAAACAUUUUUUGAAUAUGUUAAUGUAUCCAUUAAACGUAUGGAAAUUGAAAGCUACAAACGAAAUGAUUUAUCUUUUGAUGAACCAAUUGAAUUUAGUGAAAUGCAUAACAUGUGUAAAAAAUUAUCAAAAGGUAAAGCCCCUGGAUGGGAUUCAAUAAACUCUGAACAUUUAAACAUGGGUGGUCCCUCAGUGAUCCAAGUUUUAACGAAAUUAUACAAUCAUAUUGUUUACAGCGAAC